CGACUUUCGAAAGACUGGACAGCACCCAUUUAUGCAUUCUUCAGGUCCACCCCUACCAUCGAGUACAUCAAUGGCCGCCGAUGCCACUUGUUCCAAUGUGCAGCAACAAACUGUAAACACAAAACACGGGGGGUGAGGAGAUAUCUUGAUACGAGCCCCUUCAGUGACAAACUCUGUAUUAUACGAGGCAACUGA